GAUUUUGAAAAAUCAAGUGAUUACAAGAUAUCUAAUUGGAAUUUUACAAUUUUUUACUACAACUAGGAAAGCUCUUAAUAACAUGGAUUUUAAUUUUGAUCGGUUAAUGAAAUAAUAAAUGGUCAAAUAUUCACAGUUUACUGAUAAGUUGUAAGGUCAUGGUAGAUAAAGUGUUAAAGUUAAACAUUUCACCCUCGGUGGCUGGCAAUUUCCCCAAAUUAUACGAGUAUCAGGAGAGAACAUCAAAGAUAUCGUGAAAAAUAAAAAUAAAAAUUCCAAUCGAACCCCUUAGCCUCGUAAAAACCGUUCUCUCCCAAUUAUCAUUUAACCAAGAGAGACAGGAACCCCUGACGCAGCUUCUAAGAAACGUUGAAGCUCUUCGAGCAAAUUGAAGGAACCGGGAACGACACCGUAACACCGCUAGCUUUCCUUCUAUUUUUCCACUCGGUUUCCGGUCCGCGUGUCUCUCGGAAAGAAAACGAAAGAAAUUCGUCGAACCGACGAGGGUUAACGACAGGAACGCUACGUUUUGUCAUAAACGCGCUCGUACAUUCGAAAUUUAUUGCAUCGCUUUCUAAAAAUGCGAAAAACACAACUGAAGAGAAAAGACUUUGAAAUACUACAAGGUAAAACAAACUAACAGCAAUCAAAGAUGAUUUUUUAUAAUUUUCCAAAUAGAAAAAAUAUUAGUGCUAUUAAAUUUAUGGAAUAAAGUGGUGUUUCUUUAAAAUUUUGCAAGUUGAACAAGCGAAACUGUAUAAGAAUAAAUCAAUAUUUAAAAUAGAAACAAAGUUACGCAAUUUCGACCGUAUCGUAAGGUCGUUAGGUCUCUCAUUGUACGACGUCGCGUCGUUGCAAGAGGAAGUGAAAGAUAAGGGGUGAAAGAAGGGAAAAUUUCGCGUGACACAACUGUGCAUGGGGUGCUAUCGUUUCGUCCAUAGGGGUGGUCGUAGUCCAGGGAACGUUAGAGGGUUGCAAGGCAGGGUUAGCGAGGGUGGUAUCCAUCGGUAGGACAGAUUCGGGCUGCGUAUGCACGCGAACAGUUUCCACGGUAUUGGUUUCCGUGGAACGGCCAGCAGUAUUCGUGCUGGCUGAUAAACACGUGUAAUGCAAGAAACCGACGGUUGCCGGGGAAAGAUGGAGGAGAUAAAAGCUCCGCUGGAGGAGCCUUAAGGUGAUUCCGUGAAAAUAAUUUCACCUUUCUCGAUCGAAACCACGGGAGCACGAAGGAAACGGCAGUAUCUCGCCCGAAGGGUCUAUAGUUUUCGAAUUAAAGCACCCUGUUGCGUAAGACGACGAGGUAAAGGAGAGAAAGUACCUACGUUAUUCCUGAGCCUCUUCAGGAUUUGCGUCAGUCCCUGAGGAGGAUCUUUAUUAACCCUCGCAAACUGAAUGCAGGGUCAAUUUCAGUUUAGUAUACGUACGUAUCGUAUAUCCCCUUCUGUGUGUAAUACUUUAUUGUAUUUACACACGAAAAUGUAGUUUAAAAAAGAAAGUAAAAAGUGAAAUUUGGAAAAUGCGAAUAAUGUGAAAUAUAAAAUUAAAUUGAAACCGGGAUCUCUCCAUGGUCCGCUAUCCGGGGGUUAAAAACAUGGUAAGGGUCUUCACCAUUGUUUUGUUAAAGGUUCAUCUUUUUAAUUAAGAAACUUCCCAAUUUACUUGCGUGAUGCCUUUGAAUAGUUUUAGCCUGUAAUACCUUCUAAAUGAAGUUUAUUUCACGUUCUAUAUCUUUGCAUUUUUAUGGUCCUGAUCGUGGUUAAAGAUAUAAGACACAAUGGAUUGAGAAAUUUAAUUGAUUCUUUUACUUUCCAGUUCGUGGACUGAUUAAAGGGAUUUGAACAUUUUGAAUGGUUCAUUAAUAAAAGAAUUGAUUUUCAAGUAAUCAAUGGGCAGGUACCCGGACAUUAUUACUUCAAACAAUGAGUUAUGGUAAUCGGCAUGAAAAUCAAUAUUUUUCAUGAAGAUGGUUUUACGAGGAAAUAAAAAUACUCCCCGUUAGAACGUGAAAACUGCAUUACGACUGUUUCAACGUUUUCUGCUCUUAAGACCUUUCAUCUCUCCCAAAAAUAUGGCGAAUGGAUUAGACUUUCUUAUCCAGGGCUUAAUAUUUUUUUCCACCUCGAACCGUUCGCCGGUACUCUGGUUUCCGUGUGUUAUUUCCAAGCAAAACAGGGCACACUUGACGCUUACCAUUUUUCCUGCCCUCGGUUUCCGGUGUUUUUUACCACGUUAAAUCGUGCAAUGCUUCCGACCGUAUCGAAACACAAGCAGGCUACUGCUUUUCGCAAACAAAACCUGUCUACAUAACGAUCUAACAAUUUGUCCACUUGAAAUUCAAUUACAUACUCGAAAAUGUCCACAUUCACGCGAAACUCGUCGUCGAAAUUUCAAUCUCGACCAAUUUAACAUCUCGACAACAUUUAUAAACGAGCAAAACAAACCAGCCACAAUUUUCAAGUUGCUUCAAAUUAAAGUAGACGGUCAGCCCUUUUAACACGCAUCACAAUUGAACACAUGUACCUUUUGUAAAUAUUUUUCGAAAGCUAUUGUGCAGAAUUUAACAAUUUGCCUUCUGUCAUUUUUAGCAUUUAUUGUUCUGAAUCGAUCACUCGAUGAGCGUUAGAUUGAUAAUUAUUUUCUUAUGAGAAAUUUGGUGAUUAUGCAAAAUAGUAUGAAACGGAUGCAUAAAUAUCUAGCUGUAUGGUUGAUGUUCAUAAAGGAUAGUGAUGGGUGAGAGAUAUUAAAUAAAAAUGUAAGAGACUGGAGUCAUGAGAGAGCAACUUAGGAGACCACAUUACGGUGGUGGCUGCUUAUCCUAUCCAUCAUUCUGAGAGGACGUUAUUGAAAAAUGUGCAAUCUGCAAGAAGGUAAGUGUGACGAAGCACUGUCACGCGUAAGUCACGUACCUUGCAGAGGGCGGCAAAUUUUCCGACAGAUUAUUCUGAAAAAUUGCACUGGCAAAAAGCGAGAUCGUUGAAAUCCAUCUCCUGUACUUUCUGCCCUCGUAUUAGCAGGAAAUUGGAUGCUUCGCGUGUAAUAUUGUUUGGGCUGUGCUGCCGCAUGGAUUUUACCCUUUUAAUCUUUCACUCUACCACCCCCUACUUCUUUUCUGGAGGACCUUUCAACGAGAUCGUGUGUGGUUUGGGAGGAAAAUUAUUUAAAACUUUGGAGGAUUUUUUUUUAGUUAUUUAUGAAAGGAAGUUCUACGAUGCAUCCGCGAUCAAACCAAUCUUCCGUAAGGAAAAUGGGGAUAUAGGAGAUACAGGAAUUCUAAAAAUUUCCAUUUUGAGGAUAUCAAUAUUAAAAGUAAUUAAGGGGGAAAAUAACAUAAUUUUCAGUUAUUAAAUACUAUCAAAUUUAGUAGUUAUAUAAUUGAAAAUUAUAUCCUCAUGGUGGGGAACCAUGGAUCAGUGUACUGUCAUUUACCCCGCGGAAGCCUAUGGGGAAGGGUAGAGACCCGGGACAUGUCUAUUUUUUCUAGAAAAGCCGGAUCGCGAUUGUACGAAUGGAAAUCCAAAAUUAACUCUUAAACGGUAAUAACUGGGUCAAUCAUGACAACUGAUCCAUCGAUUAAAAUUAGGUAUUCAAAUUUCUCAACUAAAGAUUUUUAUUUAUGAGAAAAAUAUUAUGCAUGAAAUUUUGAAAACGAGUUAAAAAAUUAGAUUAAACUUCUGGAAAUUUUUAUAUAAAUACACUUUAUUAUUCUAUGACUACCUGGAGACAAUAGGAUGGAAGUUAAAGAACUAAAUGUAUGUAAUUAAUUUCUACCCUGUUUCAAAAAUAACAUAGUAAACGUUAGCAGGUAAUUACAAACAUAACUGUUUGCAAACAUUUUUGCAACUUUUGCAUUGUAUUUGGACCAUGUAAUUACCACAUUCAGAUUCGUUAUAAUAUAUGGAAAAAAAUUAUACCGUGCAAGACCUUUUCUUUUCUGUCCAUAUUCAAAAAGGAAACGGGACAGAACCAGGAACUGAGUUACGAUGGAUAGCAGCAUUCUUACAUAUGUAUGUGGAAGAUUUUUUCAACUUACCAUGAUCUUUGAAAUAUUUCAUUUUUAUUUUUAGAAAACUUCUGAAACAUAUAUUGCACCCUCCACAAAAAAAGUGAUAUGAGUCAAUGAUUUAAAAAGAAAUUACAAAAUCAAGUAAUUAAUUAAUUAUACAAAUUUAUCAUAGAACGCAUCGAAUAGGUAAAUAUUUUACCAUUCAUUCAGAAAUGAUAAAUGUCACAGAAAUAUCCACAUUAAAAGAAAAAAGAAAAAUAAUAAUCAAGAAUAUUGGGAACGAGGAUAACAAGGUAAAGUGAUUGCGUACAAACAAACUCGUUCUGGAAAUAUUACAUUAAAGGUAGUUACCAAAAUUCGUUUAAUCGAUAAUUAAUAAAAUCUUGCGGCUCCAAUUCUACUCCCAUACUGUUUUCGAAACAUAAUUUUGUUGUUGAAUGUUCCGUAAACCACCGACUAUCCGCACAAUCGUUUCUCAAGUAAUAUAUGUAUAAAAUUUUCCCGUCCGCGCGUAACUUCAAUUCCAAUUUGUGUUGAACGUUUCGCGUAGUUCUCUAAUUAACGGAAAUCGUAAGUGAGCGACACGGUAACAAAUUAACGCAAUUCGUCGGUGAAACGAAAGCGUUGGAAUAGCCUGGAACGACAAGCUCACCUUUAUUUACUUACCUAUGUACUCGAAGUCCAACCAACAGGUGUUACGUAAAGAAAAUUUCAUUAAAAAUCCACACAAAGACUUUCUUGGAGAACAAGCCACUCGACUGGUGCCAAUCAAUAGAAUGGACCGUGUCUUCGAGUGACUUCCAGUUAGAAUCAUUGCUUGGACAGGAAGUAUCCUUCACAGACAUCCUUGUUAUUGUACAGAUUCGAGAUACUUGCGAUACAAAUACUUUGAAAAUACAUCAAACGAAACAUCAUCCCCUUCAACUACCGUUCGAAUCCCACAAAAUGAAACUUUCGCAUCGGAAUUGACUGAGAUUCGCCGGUAUAGGUAUAUCGAACUUGCUAGCAUCUCUAUCCACCCAAUCUCUCUCUUUUAUCCUCUGUACAUAUAUCUGUAUCGCGGCAUUCGCAAAAGGAAUUGCCGGUAUCGAUGGCCCGUAGUAGCUGAAGAGAACAAUAGGGUUUCGCACAAAGGGCAAGGAUGCGUCCGUGUCGCGAAGAACGAAGCUCAGGGCUGGCUGGUUACGAGUUUAGCGUGUUCCACGUUACAAGAGCUGGCUGCGUUCGUCCUGUGUGAAUACACAGCCAGCCGUAGAGAGACAUGGGUGACGUUGGCGUGGGUGGGUGACGGUGGUUGGCCUAUCGGCUCGGGGUUGCUCGGAAUCUAUCGGUGGGCCAGAUUUUCACCGACACAGUCUCCGGCUUACCGGCACACGCGAACGAUCCUGAAAGACGGCUACGGGACAGAGGAUAGAACGCUGGCCGGCCGGUCAUAGAGAGGAUCCUCGAGUUUGGUACGGGUUGCGCGCGCAAUCGUACUCGCGCCGCUCCUCGACGUCGUUUUGCAAGGAAAUUGAUUCUGCGCGGAGCGUCAACCCUACCGAGUGAGGGUGUAGGAGGAGGGAGUAGCGAACAGAAGAGAACCCGGCACCGCAGACCGCGUACACACCGCACCGGGGUCAGAGGUACAUCUCGCGUUGACGCUGACCGAAGGCACACACCGUCGUCGGACGAGCGACCGUCCUCGUUUGCUAUUAUGUAAGGGGGAUGUCGUCGGGCAGCAGCGUCGACGUGGACACGCAGCAGGGCUACUGAAGGGGAGACGAGCCGAACUGGAAGGGCGACAUGCGAAGAGACGCGUCGCGUCGGCCGCGUUACGACCACACACAGCCGUCGCACCACGUACCGAAGGACAUUCGAACGCAGAAACAAUAAGGAACGCGUGUACACGACGCGACAGGAUCAUCGAUGGAACUGAAAAUCCUUCUGCUCGUUCACGUAGUGGGAAUUUGCUCCGGCUUGCGAGAGGUACGCGUCAAGAUACCGACGGCCGUGAAGAAAGGUGGCACCGCGGUACUGAACUGCUGGUACGACACCGAGGGGGAUCCUUUAUACGCCGUCAAGUGGUACAAAGUGACUCGAGAGUUUUAUCGCUAUGCCCCGAACGAGACCCCGGUCGUCAAGACUUUCCCCAUCGGGAACUUGACGGUGAAGAAAUCCGAGAGCAACGCGACCCAGGUGACGCUGAUGAACCUGGAGCUGGACGCGGCUGGUGUGUACAGCUGCGAGGUGUCGGCGGAUGCGCCUUCCUUCCACACGGCCAUCGUUUAUGCCACCAUGAACGUCGUUGAAUUACCCUCUCAAGAUCCGUCGAUACACGGGUUAAGGAGCAAAUACCGGAUCAACGAUGUGUUACGUUUGAACUGCACAUGCGGACGGAGCAAACCCGCGGCCAAUCUCACCUGGUACAUCAACGAUCGACAACCGCUGAAGCCGCACGUCCGCACGUACAGCCCCCUCGACACGAACGAAUCGGAGUGGCAGAUCUCCCAGAUCGGACUUCAGUUUCUCGUUACGCACGAACACUUCGCCACUAGGACCGGCAAAAUGAAGAUACGCUGCAGCGCCUCGAUAUACGACAUUUACUGGAAGAGUACCGAGGUCAGCGCCGAAGAGGACAGGCCCAGGGUGAUACAUUACGAGCCAGCCGCCACAAUCGUCGGCAUCAACUAUCUCCAACCACCACCGAACUUUCAAACUGGCCAAAAGAAACCUGACGGUCAUGUCGGAGUUAAAGGUAAUUGUCUGCUAUUUUGGCGCUAUCUCCGGUUUUCUCCAAACUUCAGUAAAGAAUUCUAAGUAUUUUUAAUUUCAUAUUUAAACUAAACUCAACCCUAAAUAACAUCUUUACUCAUCAAAAUGAGAUUUAUUAUAUUCGACAAAGUUUAUUAUAAUAAAAUCAUAGAUUUUAACAAAGGAAUUUAUAGUUAGGAAAAUUAGCUUCGCCUGGAAAUAAACCCAAGGUAAUUUAAUGGAACAAUUAGCAAAAUAGUCGUUUUGUUAGAAAUUACCUAAUAGAAGGAUUGAAAGUUAAAUCGAGAGACUAUGCCUUAGUAGCCACCUUUCUGUCCAAUAAAUUAUCAUCUCUUCAGAAACAUCGAUAUUCGAAGGACUCUCGAAGCUGUACUGUAUUUUAAGGCUAAGUCGACACAAUUUUGCACGAAAGAUCCCAAUGACCUCGUUGUACGAUAGAAGAAAGUCGUCGAAGAUAAUACAGCCUAUUUAGAUGAGUAAAAGGUAAUCGUGUAAAUUAUUCUUGUUUAUCUGGAGCGAAAGCCUGGGUAAAAUUCAUUUAUUUUUACAUACACUGAAUAUAAGAUUUGUAUACCUUCGUUAAACAUCGGAGUAUCGAUUGUCCUGUUUAAGCAUCUCGUUCUUGUGUACUUCUUGUUUUUAAUUAAUUCACCUCACAGUGUUCCAUUUUUUAAGUUCAAGGGUCAUGGAACACGAGGCAACGAUACGUGCCAUUUCUGCGAAGGUUAAAAGCGACUUUAUAAAUAAAACGUAUCUCUGAACAUUUAAAAUCAUAACGUACAGCACAGGUAAACUUCAAAUUCACCCUGUCUAACCCUUUCAUAUAAAAUUAACAAUAGUAUAUUUGUUUGUAGAAUUACAAUAGAGGUGUAUUAAUUUAUAUUAUUUUACAACUUCAUAAUAAUACUCCUUUUGAUAUAGUGAAAUUAAUUACAAAUGAAAUCAAAUACGAGAACGAAGUUUUAAUAAAUCAAGAAUUAUGCACUGAUGAAUAAUAUUUAGGGAAUUAUUAAACAGGCGAAGAGAAUCAUUGCAAUUGUUAGUAAAUUUUCAAAUAGCUGUCUGAAUAAGUGUGCUACUCUGGUAGGUAUUCUUGGGUUAUUAAAAUUAAUUAUGUCUCAGAUUGAUGAGCUACCUUUGUAUUCAGAGCUAAUUAGGAAUAAAUGUCUUUUCAAUAGGUACUGAAUUAUGGGUGGAAAUUGGUAAUUGGCUAAUUAACUUUUGUAAAACAUUGCCAUUAUCGUGGUAGCUGUAACUCAAAGAGAAGUCGAGAUAAAAAUGUAUAAACUGGAAUCUCUCGAAUCCUUUCAAUCAUAUUUUCAUAACAUCCGUGCAUUUUUGAAAUCGGAUGUAAAAUGCUGUAAAAGAAUAUUAUUCGAUCAAUGAAUGCUGAAAAGUUGGACGAAAACGAAUGUCUCCUCGUUAACGGGCCAACUAAUCGCUCGACCAAUGAAAUCAACCAAACGAAGUUACCUAAUUUCUUCCUCUUUUUUUUCUAUUCCUCCUUCUAAACGAGGCUGCGGUCACCUGAAUAUCCGACUGUUUGUCUGGCCCGCGGUUCGGAUAAUCUGACCAGCCGAAUUAUCCUGGUUAACGUCAAAUAGCUCGGCAGGCCAUCAAAUAAUUCGUUUCACGCCAGGUAAUCCGAGCCUGCGGCAAGGAUAAUUCCCGACGCAUUCCACGAUUAUUUGCUGCGGCUUCGGAUUAUUUGACGUCAAGUGAGCCACGCUUAUCUGACCAAGGAAUUUCGAUUUCAAAACGACGCGAUGAUCGAUGGUAUCGUUGUGUGCUAAGCUAUAAAGAAGGAACAAACCUCGUGGUGUAUCAGUUUCAUAUAAUACGUGAAUAUAACUUCAAUGGUAGAUUCAGUAUACAUAAAUGAUAAAAAAAGUUCGUAUAAACUUUUGUUCUAUCUCAUCUCGUUUCCGAGUUACAGUGCAUUUUCUGGUGUAUAGUUGAAGGAAUAGAUAUAGCGUGGUCGUAAAAUCGAUCAGACUAGUGUGUUCGGUGCAUACUUAAAAUAUGAAGCACUGAUUGAAGAGCUUAGUUUGACAAAAUUAUUAGUGCAAGGAGGAAGAAAACCUCAUGGUAUAUCAGGAUCCUUCACGUAAUACGCGAACGUAACUUCAGUGGAGGAUUUAAUACAUAUAAAUAAUAAAAAAGUUCAUAUAAACUUUUGUUCUAUCUGAUCUCGUUUCUGAAUUACAAUGCAUUUUUUGGUAUGUAGUUGGAGGAAGAAAUAUAGUGCGGUCGUAAAGUCAGACUAGUAUGUUUGAAAUAUCAAGCACCGAGUAAAGAGCUUAGUUUAUCAAAGCAAUUACUGCAAGAGAAAAACGUUUUAUAAUCCAGAGACAAGCUCAGAUAGGACAAACGUUUAUACGAACACUUUUUAUUAUUUAUCUGUGGUGAAUCUACCACACGUAUUACGGUAUAUCCUGUACAAUAACACGAUGGGAACAAUUCAAUCGAAAUCGUAUCAUCGUAGAAGGAAUAAAAAGGAGGGACGAGAGUCACGAUCGAAUCGGUCUAUCGUGGCAUGCAAAAAACUUCGUUUCGUUAUUUGAGUUAACUGUUUGCCUAGUUAUAGAACUUCUCUCUCUCCCUUGAUUUUCAUUCGUGAUCGUCUCUUCAUCGUUCCAGCUUGCAACCAUCUGGUCGUUUCGUUUCCUCGACCGGUCGUUACCAAAGUAACUUAUCUGAUAAAUGAAAUAUUUGCUCGUUAGACCGGGAACAAUUGUUCCGUCGCAUCGGUUCAAAGUGUACGCGAAUGUACAGGGUCAGAUUUGCGGACGAAUUAACAUGGCGGUUGUCGUGGCGUGUAAUCGGGACGAUAAAUAGCUGGUUUAAUAUAGUAUACAAACUAUAAUAUAUAAUAAUAACAAGAGAGAAAAGGUUGGGUAGUGAUAAUUAAACGGGGGCCGCACGAAUCACCGCGAACGUGUCGUUAUUUUAUUUACCGCGUUGUUUGCGUGUCUCCUCUCGGUUGGGCUCUUUGAAACUUGUUAAAUUAACCGGAAACGAAAAUGAGCAUUGUAAAACCCGGGGAUCCGAACGAUUAACGCAGCGUGUUAUAAUUAGGAUGCGUUCAACGUGCAGAUGAACGAAAGAGAGAUUGGUCGAGUUACGGUCACGGUUCGCUUGCAGUUCGUUCAAAUGUUAUUCGAGGCCUGGAACCGUGACCGAAACGCCGGCAACGGGUUAGUUAAUUCGCUCGAAAAGCAUUGAAUAAUAUUUGAUCGAGCCUGUGACAGGAUCGAGACUGUCAGUGUAAAUCGAGUCACGGUACGGUCGAGGGUUAAUUAGUGGGUCAGGCGUGGCAAAGUGAUCCUGUCGAUAGCUUGAAAAUCAUUAUUCAUCGGGCUGAUGCGAAAGGGAGGGGAAAAAAUGAAGAUUUUUCGUACAGGUUGUUAGAUAAAUUCAUUAACCCUCUCGAUGGCCGAAUGAUGGGGAGGAAAUUUGAUGAGCUACAGUGGCGAAUAAAAAUGACAUUUCAAGGGGGUCCAUUCUAUAUGGUUGACGGUCAUCAAAGACUUCCUUGACAAUAUCUAUAUUGAUAUAGGAUACAAUAUUAAUUUUCAUGAUUUGUAAAAUCCAGGCUAUAUGAAUUAAAAUAUAGUAUUGUCUUUGUAACAUUUGAAAUUACAGUUUUCUAAGCAAAUUAAAAUUUGUAUUAUUAAUGUACGGGAAAGAUAUAAAAAAUGUA